AUGAGUUUAUGCACGAAGAACCCUCCUCCAUGUGUGUAUAUACAAUCGCUCGACGAUAGACGCAAGUACAAACUUGUAUUUCGCGGAGAUAUUUGCCUAUUAGGCACCGAGAGGAUCAAAGAAUACAUUGAGAAAUCGAUCGGGGUUCCCGUAGCGCAGCAAAAACUCACUUUUAAUGGGCAAGAAAUAGCCGAUGGUUUAAGCGGAGAUACCAUUGGACUCUACAACAAUGCGAUUCUUCAAUUUCAACGCGCCAGUUCUUCUUUGCGAGACCUCCCCGCUAACCGCGAUUGUCAACGAACAACUUCGCUAGCCAAAAGCGCAAGUCGACGUGAUAGUACCUCUAUAUCCCCUAUAACUCCUUUGCACUCGUCGUGCAGUCUGAUGACCAUCACGACGAAGGUGGUCCCGCGCAGGCCCGAGGUCUCAGAAGGGGCCGCCGAAUAUCCACCUCUUCCAAAGCUUGAGUGGGGCGCUAAACUGGGUUCCUACCUGGAUCCUUAUUUGGACAGUCUCGGGGCAUCCCAUCAACCGCGUGGUCGUCCCUACACCGGUCGAAGCUUCCUGGAAAGCUUCCUCCCAACGCAAUUGACUACCGAUCGGAGCCUUUUUCGCCCCGCUUCCGGUUCUUCUAAUCAAGAUAACGCUACGGAGACGAUGCGUGGCGUAUCCACGGCGAAAGUCACCUUGGAGACGGUCGGGGGUAAGGAGCGACCCAAUGGCAAUCUUCUUCGUUACGAGACCUCCGAGGAUGAGGCAUCUCUGCUGGAGGAGGAUCGACAUGGGAAGUGGCAGAGUACACCAAACGAAAGGGAAAGCAUUGAAAGUUCGGUCGUCAGUUCAAGGACUCUGCAUGCAAAUCAAGGCCAGCAGGAGACAUUAUCUAGGAGGGCUGACAGCCACAGGAGGAGCUCUCUACUCACCGAUCGAUGCCUGCCGGCACUGAGGGCUGAAAACCAGGCCUUAACACGCGAAAACGAGCUACUACAGGAAAAACUACUCGAGGCCGAGAGACGUGCCGCCAAUGCCACGUCAAACUGGCAACUGCAAGAGGAGGUGCUAGCCCUCAAAGCGGCUUUAGAGGCCGCAGAAAAAAACAAACAGCGGGCCGUAGAUGAGGCUCAAACAAUGUGGCUCCAUAAAGAAGCGGAACUCAUUGCAGAGUUAGACUUUUUGAGAAAAGAACGCGAUCAGGUUUGUGCAAUUAAGGAAAACUUCAAGAAUGAGCAACAAGGACAAAUCACCUCACUGCAGUCUCAGCUGCGAUCCCAGCGAGAUGAAAUUCACGCGAAGGAAGAAACGAUUCGCCAACUCCAUUUUACACUGGCAGAGUUGCAAAGUAAACAGGAUCCACGUGAAGUCUCUCCUGUACAGGAAAAAUCCAUCGAUGAAUUUGUGCGAGGUUCGCUGGAGCGCAUAUCGAAGGUGUUAGAGACCCCAAAGAUCAAACUUGAUGAAAAAGGUACUUGCAUUAUUAACAUCUCAGACGAGAUAAGCAUACUCAUAACGUUGGACAGUGAAUCCGAGCGGUUACACAUGUACACGAUACUAUUAAAUGAACUUCCUGCCUCUGAAGCGGUUUGCCUACGGCUCUAUGAGAACUUGUUGGAAGGUGCGCUUUUAGGACGAAACACCGCUGGGGGCACCAUCGGCAUCAGUAAAGAGGAAGGUGUAGUACUUUUGAGUAUCCCGGUGGAUGUUCGAUACAGCGAUGAAAACGCGUUAGCGCAUCUUGUGUUUCCUUUCGUGGAAUUAGUUAGACGUUGGAAAAAGGGCAUUCAGAAAUUGCUGUCAAUGCCUUGA